AUGACAACCAAGAAGCGUCCCGUCCGCAUAGCAGGCUGCUCCGGCGCUGCGACUGACCGCAGACAUGCCAUGGCUAUGCUCGCUGCCAACUGUGCGAAUGAUCAUAUCGAUGUUAUCACGGGUGACUGGAUGUCUGAAGCAAAUAUGACCUCGCGAGCGACACUCAAGCUCGCCGAGGGAGGCGAUGCGUACGAGCCUACUUUCAUUGAGUCCUUGGAGCCAGCACUCAAAUAUAUUGCGAAGUAUGGUAUCAGAAUUGCUGUCAAUGCCGGGGCUUCGGAUACCAAGCGAUUGCAUGAAGUGGUCACAGGUAUGGUAAAGCAACAAGGCUUGAGCUUGAAGGUCGCAUGGAUCAGUGGUGAUGAAGUGCUACCGGCAGUGAAAAAGGCACAGCGCGGUCGCGAGAGCAGUUUUGAGAACAUAUGCACUGGAGAGGUCUUGGAAGAUUGGAAAUUCAAGCCAAUAGCUGCGCAAGCAUAUCUUGGUGGUCUUGGGAUCGCAGCAGCAUUCGAGAGGGGUGCAGACAUCGUUGUGUGUGGUCGAGUGAGCGACGCUAGUCCAGUCAUAGGCGCAGCGUACUGGUGGCAUGGCUGGAAACGAGACCAACUACUCGAACUCGCCAAUGCCUUUGUCGCCGGCCACCUGAUAGAGUGCAGUAAUUAUGUUGCUGGUGGUAACUUCACAGGUUUCAAAAGUCUCGAGAUGCGUGGUUGGGACGACAUAGGAUAUCCCAUAGCUGAAAUAAGUAGUAACGGCCAGGCUGUGAUCACGAAAAGUCGAGGCUCUGGUGGUGAAGUCAGCACUCAGACAUGCUCAUCACAACUCCUGUAUGAGAUUCAAGGGCCGUGGUACUACAACUCAGAUGUCACAGCCAUACUGGACGAGCUAUGGUUCGAGCAACUAGGUACUGAUCGUGUAGCAUUACGAGGUGUAAAAGCAGAUCUACCACCACCAACAACGAAAAUAGGCUUGACAGCAGCUGGUGGCUACCAAGCAGAAGUUCACUGGUUUCCUUGCGGACUUGACAUCGAAGCAAAGACACGAAUGCUCGAAACCCAAGUACGAAAGCUGCUAGCACCCUACUCAGACAAGUUCACGAAACUCACAUUCACCACGAUCGGAACAGCAGCAGAGAACGCGUGCAACCAGGACGCAGCCACAGUCGACUUCCGUAUCUUCGCUCAGGCGCCCACGGCAGCUGAUCUGGCACCCUCGAAGUUCCUACGCCCUUGCAUCGAUCCCAUCAUGGAGUCAUAUCCUGGCGCUACGCCUCAUCUUGACCUUCGUCUAGGCUUUCCGAAGCCGAUACAAGAAUACUACGUCACCCUACUCCCACAAGCCGAUGUACAGCAUGCAGUACACUUAUGGGAUGGCAGUGGCAUUGAUAUCAGCCCUCCACCCAAGACAAAGACGUUUCCGGCGCAGCAGCCGAGCAAAGCCAGCACGAGAAGUACGACCAGUCAAAGCCUCGGCGAAACCACUCUUGGACCGCUUGGCUGGGUGGUGCAUGCUCGGAGUGGCGACAAAGGCUCGAAUUGUAAUGUAGGAUUCUGGGUACGACAUAAGGACGAGUACGACUGGCUACGGUCUUUGCUAUCAGUCGACACCGUCAAGCACCUUCUGGCGGACGAGUACAAGAAGGGCAACAAGAUUGAUCGCUUCGAGCUGCCGAACAUGUAUGCUGUUCAUUUCCUGCUGCACGAUCAUCUUGACCGAGGAGUGAGCUGUUCAUCCUCCUAUGACUUCCUCGGUAAGAACGUGGCUGAGUAUCUGCGCUCGAAGCAUGUCGACCUGCCGGUAAAGUUCCUGAGUAGGGGGAAGCUUUGA